AUGGCUUACGAGCGCGUUCCCUCCACUUGGCCACGCGAUCGAGCCUCAAUCGGCAAUCCCGACUAUGAACUCGACGAUAUAGCUGACUGGAACGAAGCCACUCGUCUUCGCAACCACAAUAGCUUACAGUCGAUAACGUCCUAUAACCCGUCAGAUCAUGUACCCCUGAUUUCGGAAGCCAAGAAGCUGUCAGUAAGCCAGACAGAAGUAGUUCACCAUCGACAAUGGCGCCCACUGUCUUUGCGAAGGUGGUACCUUCUCCUACUAUGCCUGAUCCUUAGUGCGCUAUGGGUAUCUCUGUUUUUGGUUUGGAGACUUAGUCGUCAAGAACAUGGCUUUAAGCUUACCAUCACCUCGAACCAUCUGUCGUGGAAGUAUGGCCCUACCGGCAUCUUGGUCAUCGUGGUGAGUCUGUGGAGACAGGUUGACUACCAUUGCAAGUCGUUGCAACCAUGGCAGAAUCUUACUAAAGGCGUCGUGGAGGCAAAGCAGUCGCUACUCCUGGACUAUCUAUGGCCUCUACAGCUGGACAGCUUUCAGAUGGCUGUUCGAAAUAAACACUGGAGAGUCGUGAUGUCAACCGCAGGCUUCAUGAUACUGAAAAUCGUGACGCUAAUAUCUACUGCUUUGAUUGUGGCUGUCGAUACUUUACUACCGAUGGAGGUGACGGUUAGAUUCGACAAUACCUUGUCUACCACAGCAGCCGGCAAUAUCACGCUAGACCCUCUCGAUGCAUACCUCGGUGUGCUCGGUGGCAGCAUCAAACCUGCCGAAGGUUUGCAGAAUGGCAUGGUUUUCCGCACGUUCGAUCUGGUCGACAACACUACAAGCUUAGACAGUAUCACCUCUGCUGUCGAUGUGUUCGUUCCUCGCAUCGAUUGCGAGCCCGCUGAUGUCAAGUUACUUGCGUACAACCAGACAUCUGAGGAUCUCGCCGACGGCGCUUACUACUUCAACAUAAGUAUGUCGACUUCGACCUGUCCUGCCAUAGUCAAUUCUUCUAGUGCCCCGUAUUACUUCUCUAAGUAUAUACAGAUCAAAGACUGCAAAGACACGGUGUGUCAAGGGCUAUUCCUAAGUCAGACAAAGCUGGACUGUGCAGAUACCACUUACUACAACUCGAGCAAAAACAACACUGAUGUCCGAUACGUCGCAUCUGCCCUUAAUCUCACCGUAACACGAUCUUCUAUUUCAAGCCUAACGCUGGCUGAUUAUACACCCAAUAUCGCUGGUAGUGCGGCUGUCUUCUGUAGGAUAGAUCACAGCUUGGAGUCUUGGAAUGUGACAAGGGAUCUGCGGAGUGGUGACCUGUCAUUGGCCGUGCUCCAAGGUCCUCGGUCUGAGAGGCGUCUAGAUGAUCUGAACUCACAGAAUCUGACCGAGACUCUUUCCUACAUGAGCACUACGGACUGGACCAAUCCACCAAGUCCAGGGCUUGUGUCUGGUAUACGACGUACCAUCAACAACAAUGUGACUUUCGAUUACAGUCAAUUCUUUGAAAAGAAAAACCUGCUAAACGCUACCAACAUCACACUGGCAGGAGUGGCAGCUCAGUACGUGCAGCAGAUGUACAUGCUACCAGAGGGGAGCCGAGGCCAGGCAACAGCUGCGCGCUGGGAGAAUAGGCUUCAUGUGCAGGAAGCUCCGUUGUGGGGCAUGAUCGUAGGGUUGAUCAUGGUAUCUCUAUUCUCAGUCGUACUCGCAAUCUACGACUCUCCCACUGGUCUGCCUCAGAGACCCUCAUCAAGAGUAACCAUGGCAGCUGUGCUUGCAUCCAGCCCAAAGAUAACCAGUUUAUUAGCAAACACGGGACAAUUGUCAAAAGCAGAAUUCAAGCAGGGACUCUCGACAGCAUCAUUUCGGGCUGUUACUUCGCAGGAUGCUUUCACUGUUGAUACCUCGAUGUCGGAGUUUACAGCCAGAACCAAAAGUACAGCCCUCCCAGGUCAUGGUGAUGCAUGGAUGCCCUUUGCUGCGAGGAAAGUUGCCAUCCUACUGACCAUGUGUAUGCCAAUUGCGGCGAUCGUUGGGCUUGAAGCAAUCUACCAGAUCUCGGUGAGAGAUGAUGGACUUGCAACAGUCUCCAUCAGCAGUGCAAGCAUGAAGUAUGUCAUUCCUUUUGUGGCGCCGAUAGUCAUGACCUUAAUUGCAACUAUGUUCAACUUACUGGACUUUGUCAUCGCCGUUAUAGCACCCUUCCAGGCACUCAAACGUGCCACGAAGUCUGCCAGCAGGCUACUCUUCACCGACUUGCUUGGACACUCACCACCAAUUGCACUCCAUCAAUCUUUGCGGAGGAGGCAUUACGGAUCUGCUUUGUCAAAUAUUGCGUCGCUCAUAGGAGCCACACUGACGAUCGUUGCGUCUGGUUUGCUAGUCACCGAGUCUGUCAUCUGGACAACAGAUAUAGCAGCAGAGAGAAACUCUCUAUGGGAUUGGGAUUGGAAGAACAGUACAUAUACGGAUAGGCAAGCUGGAGAAUCUUACGAAAGGAUGCGGCUCAAUACAUCCGGCCCUUCGAGGUAUGUUUGGGGUGAUUAUGUCUUCCCCGACAUACAGCAACCGAUGGUCAUCGACAGGUCUCUCAACAAAUCCAUUGGUGCGAUCAAUGAUACUACGAUGGAAUACACUUUGACUUUCCCGACUUUGCGGCCACACCUCGAAUGUCAUAUUGUACCCGAUCGGUAUACGACUUAUGUCUGGAAUGACACUCUCAGUACCAUGAAUGUUUCUACUUCAGCGCCGCUAAAGGAUGGAUGUCGUGGCGGGCAAGGAGGUGAUCUUGAUACCAUUACAUGGGCUUCCGAAUACAGCAUAUACUCCUCCACAAACAGGUCGUACAAAUCUGGUUACAUGUACGACUUACAUCUGGGACCAUGGAACGCGUCGAAAGCGAUGUAUCUGAACUAUGGUGAGGGCGAUGGCACUCUUGAUCAACCAGACAAUCCAGCGGGAUGUCCUUCGAUUGGUAUUCACUUCGGUCUGGUUACGAUUCUGCCAAAUGAAACCAACGUGAUUACAACCUUAUUAUGCGAUCAGCAAGUUGAGGAAGUGCAAAUCACUUACGGCAUGAACACGCCAAGCAAAGUUCACAACGAAACAGCCAAGUUCCUCACCAAUGGAACUGCUGGAGCGGAAUCCUUUGGCUUUCGCAUGCAGCGACAUUUGUCACUGCUUUACAGUGGUCUUGGAAACCAAACUGCGUUUGCUCUUGUCGGUGACCACUUCUUCAGUGUCCUGAACGGUAGCUAUCGAACUGUAGAUGAGCUGACAGGGCCCCAGAACGUGACCAAGCUCAUAGACGCAGUACAAAUUCUGUAUCGACGAUACAUGACAAAUGCAAUAGAUCGAAACUUCCGCAAGCCCAAAGACCAGCUGUCAGUAGGAGCCCAACAGGCCAACCAGAGCAGCACGAUACGCGGUACCGCUAGAGUCGAACUCUUGCGCCUGAGAGUCGACGAUAGCUCCAAGAUUAUACUUCAAGCUCUACUUGCAUGUAUGACGGUCCUGGGCACCAUGGCAUAUUACCUAGUUGAGAUACGAGGUGUUCUUCCCCGGAAUCCCUGCUCGAUCGCAAGCACAAUGAGCUUUUUCGCUGGUUCGAGCAUGUGUGAUAGGAAGUUCAUGCCUCUUGGGGCCGAAUGGAUGGCUGAGGAAGAGCUCAGACCACUAUUUGACCAGCAUACAUUCAGUCUUGGUUGGUGGGCUUGCGGUCAACCAGGACAGGGUGAUGCGGAUCUCGCAGAAGAGUACCAGUCACAGGUCAAAUAUGGAAUGCGAUUCGGGGUGGACAGAGGAAGGGCAAUAUUGCUUGGGUUCAGUCAGAGGGAGAAGUGGUAUCAACGUGGGUGGAAAAGGCUCUUGGGACGGAGGGAUAAUGUUUCGCGUUCGAGUUAUGUUCCGGUCACGAAUAGUACAUAG